CUUUAACCGCCUCCCGCCCGCCAUAUAGUCCAAUGACAUGUGCAAGGCGGUUAGCUCGUUCUGGGAGGACGUCAUACGACAUCCUCUUAUUCUAACCGCGCAUGCCUGGCUCCGGGAGCGCCCAGCGCGGCGAUCAGUGGUGCGCUGUGUCCCUCGGACACAGCGGAUCACGGAUCAACGGAAAGAGCCAAAGAUGUCGGCUCGGCCAUGUGAUCAGCUGUGUCCAAUCACAGCUGAUCGCAUGUAAAUAGGGAAAUGAAGGUUAUCGGCAUUUCUCUCUU